CAACUUCUCUUUCUUCCACCCAAGUCUGUAAAAGUUUCGAAAUCCGUGUUUCUUUUAGCAAUGUCCGACUGAACUACUUCCUGGCGAUCUCGCUGCGUCUCCGAUCUCCUCGUUGACAAAAAAUCAGACAUGUCUCAAGCCGUUGUAGAUGUUCCUCCCAAGGGUGGGUUUAGUUUUGAUCUCUGUAGAAGAAAUGAAAUGCUCUCAGGAAAGGGUAUUCAACCUCCAUCUUUCAGGAAAACAGGAACGACCAUUGUUGGUCUUAUUUUCAAGGAUGGUGUAAUUCUUGGAGCAGAUACAAGAGCCACUGAAGGACCCAUAGUUUGUGACAAGAACUGUGAGAAAAUCCAUUAUAUGGCACCUAAUAUUUAUUGCUGUGGAGCAGGAACUGCUGCUGAUACAGAGGCAGUAACAGACAUGGUAAGCUCCCAGCUGCAGCUACACUGUUAUCACACUGGUCGGGUAUCAAGGGUUGUUACAGCUCUUACACUUCUGAAAUCUCAUCUUUUCAGUUACCAAGGUUAUGUCAGUGCUGCUUUAGUACUUGGUGGAGUUGAUGUCACUGGACCACAUUUGCACACGAUAUACCCUCAUGGCUCAACUGACACACUGCCAUUUGCUACAAUGGGUUCGGGUUCCUUAGCUGCAAUGGCUGUCUUUGAGUCAAAGUACAGGGAAGGCCUGACUAGAGAAGAGGGAAUAGAGCUUGUCUGUGAGGCUAUAUGCUCUGGUAUUUUCAAUGACUUGGGUAGUGGAAGCAAUGUUGAUGUUUGUGUAAUAACCAAGGGCCACAAAGAGUACUUGAGGAACUACCAGAUGCCAAAUCCUCGAACCUAUGUCAGUUCAAAAGGCUAUACUUUUGCCAAGGGCCUGACUGAGGUUUUGACAACAAAGAUCACUCCAUUGAAGGAAAAAGUGGAAGUAAUUGAUGCAAGUGAUGCAAUGGAAGAGUGAGAUGCCCCCAGUGCCGACCCACGUUUCAGGAUGUGUAAAAUUGAAAUGUUUUGCAAGCUCCAACUAUAUAAAGCUCUGCUUUCCAACCCAAAUCAAACCAGUUUUAAGGGCAACAUCCUCGUUACUUCUGAUUUCGUCAUCCUUUUCAGCGAACAUCAGAGUUCUCAGUCAAAGAAGUUCUGGGUUUCUAUUAUUAUUAAAAAAACGAAAAUAGACAAAAAAAGUUGUUGAUUCAGUGAAGAUCCCAGUGUAUUUUUCAUUUGAGAGGACAGACGUGUGCCCUAAUGCCAUGUACAGACAUUUGCAGCCCAAAUUGCUUGUUUUAAUAUUACAUCCCAAUUGCCGAUUUCAACCA